UGGCGUCGAGAGGACGAUGGUAAGUCACACACCCUGGGCUACCGUAGUAGAGCAAGACUCCCCUGGAGCGCAUGAGUUAUAAUUGAUCGCUCCUGCGCGCGUUUUCGCUCUCAUCAUCAAGUUCCUGUCUUUUUCGUUCGAAUCUUUUCGAUACAAUGCGGUCCAUCGUGGUUCUAGCAGCACUUCCAGCCGUAUGGGCGUCUCCUGUCUUCACUGGCACAUGUGCCCCAGUCUCUGCCGUCAUCUCGAUACUUAAUGCGGCCAGCGCAGCAAGCUCGUUCUGUUCGUCAUUCAUACACAUCACAACCAGCGUGGUCAAUACGACGGUGACUUCUACUUCGGUUACUCCGACGACUGUGACGUCCACGACUGGCACAGACACUUUUACGGCGGCGACAGCAACCAUCACGGCAGAUACCAGUACCAUUACGGCAGAUACCAGUAUGUUGAAAUCGCAUCUGUUGAUGGGUUGUCAUCUCACAGUCAUACUAGGCACAAUCACCGCCACCGCGCCAACAUCAACGAUCACGGAUCCCACCAGUACGAUCACGGCGGAUACCAGUAAGUGGUUGCCAGAAAUGAUAUAGCUACAAACCAGCUCCUAACCGUUGGCAUCAGGCACAACGACCUUCAUUGCGCCAACGUCGACAAUUAUAGCGGAUACAUCCACGAUUACUGCCG